AUGGCGAGCAGGUACCAACAGCUCAAUCACCAGUACUCACGGCACAACUAUGGUGCGCCGGCCCCGGCCCGUAAGUCUGGCAAGAAGCAGAAGAAACAGGAGCCCCAGGCAUGGAAGGACUUCAUUGAGAUGUUGGCCAUGUCGACCUUCUUCAUCUUGAUCUAUUGGGUGUCUCUAUGGACGGCGACGGUUGCCUAUACGCAUCGUGUUCCGCCGAUGCUGACUGUUACAACGGUACUAUUGGGACUAUCAAUACCCGUUGCUGCCGCACUCAGCUUUCGUCGCUGCGAGAUAUGGUACGAGUAUGGAGCACUGGAGUACUGGCAGCCGGUCAAGGAUAUCAUCAGACAAGGCACCCGGCGCAAGGGUGUUGCAGGGAUCUUGGCAGCGCUGGCCAUUGCCUUUAUAUUUGUGGUGUAUGGGCCCUUCCUUUACGGCGCCGUGUGCUAUGUGGAUGAGCUCGGCCAGGUUGAGGAGCAUGAUGACUAG